AUGCCAUUCUCACAUCCACCGCCGUAUUCGAUCCCGUCGAGCAGUUCUUUGGACGUACGCAGUCAUGGCCAAAGCCGCACAACGAUCCCGCGGUACCCCGGGCUUCCUGUCAUCGACUACCGCCAAUACAGCCCGCCCAUGUUUGACCUCUCUCACGACACAACAACCAUCACCAGCAAGGCGAAGUAUCUCAGUGAAAACGUCAGGGCACUGGCGGCGCUGCUGCGUAACCUGGCUACCGUUCCGCCCAAGCCCCAAAUCCACGUGACGGGCACCCGUGGAAGGAAGGUCGACUUCAGCAUCAAAUUGAACCUCCUGAACCUCCUAGUUUCUGACGACAAGCUUGGUCGCAUGGACUACCUCCGCCUGGUCAACCGGGACGAGAUGGCGUAUCGUGGAGGGAUCCAGCCUUCACUCAAGCCUGACAUCGGUGAUGGAGGGCUGGAAGACUGGUAUCGGCGCUUCAUUGACGACCACUCUAACGUCAAAACCUUUCUUCUAGAGCGCGUUGUCGCCAACAUGGACACCGAGUGGCUUGGUGGCCAACUGCGGAACCUCGUAGCCGAGACGGACUACAAAGGGUUGGUGACCGUGACCUUCCCGGUGACGCACUCGCGAGUUGUCAUUCAAAACCCGGACAAAGUGAACAGAUUUUUCACAAGUGUCAGCACGCUAUUCAGCGGCAAGAGCAAGUACGAGGUUGUGAAGGUCGUGUGGCCUUUUUCCAACGCAAAGAAUGGCGAGAGAGACAGGGUAUGUAUGGUGCAAGACGAAAAGACGUGGUGGGAGGAGUGGAAGGAUCCCAUUAAGUACGCGGUUGCCACUCGAAGACAUGGAUGGGUCACAAACGAAGAUAAAUUGGAGUGCAUAAUGGAGAGCAAGGGAAAGGGCGUUUCGAUCGUGGAUUGGGGUCCGGAUUUGUGA